UCUGUGACUCCAGGGCAGUCUGAGUGAGAAGAGUUACAGGGUUAGACCCAUUUCCUGCAUUUAGGUUAUUUUCUUCUGAAGACGUUGAAAACACAAUUACAGCAUCAUGUAAUGUGCCUUGUUCCUUAAUCUGCAAUGUGACUUUAUGGACGUAUAACAGCAUUCUAGGAUAGAUACAUUUCCACGCCCGAUAACCAAGCCUCACUGGAAAACUUCUGAAUAUGAUUUUCAGUGGCCCUGUGAUUUACUGAAGAUCAUAUCACUUUACAUCUCUCUGUCUGCAAAAAACUCACCAAGUGUAAGGACCCGAGAAUCCAGAAACCUCAGGUGAAGUAAACUGAUUUUAUAUUAUUGAUGGGUAAAUUAUACCUGUCCGUUUUGUUUGUUAGUUCUUCAUCCACAAGGGACGGUUGCGUAUUUAUCUUGUUUUUCUCUCUGGUGGACACCUUCAAAUACUGCGAUAUAAGAUGGCCUCUGUGUUUGUCAAGAUGAGUCUUCUCCUUCAUGCAAUGAACUAUGGUCUAGUAUCUUCCAAGAGCCUUGUUUUGAUGAAUAACGGAGCUACCGUUGGAAGGGGACAGCAAGUACACAUCACCGAAAAGGAAUUGCGCUUUGACGUACCGCGUGACCAAGAUACAUGUAAAGUGGAAGUGGUUUUGAAUGAACCUAUGAGCCAAAGAGUAGGAAAACUCUCUCCUCAGGUAUUUGAUUGCCAGUUCUUGCUGGAUGAAGUUAAAUAUACUCACAAUGGCUCCCCACUUUUGGAUAAAGAUCAAGUAAUGCUCAGAGUAUACAGGUUUUCAGAACAAGAAACCAUUACAGAGACUUUUGUGAUUGAAAUAAAAAUAAGUGAACCAAUAUCUGGUAUUGUUCACCUGGAUCAAUCUUUAGAAGUUCCAGAAUUCUAUGGCGUAUCUUCGAAACCAGUGGAUAAAAGCAUUCUCUCCUUCAAGUCAUUCUCAGAAAAACCUGGAACAAAUUGUGUUGUCAAGCUGUUGUCAACUGAAUUACUUCUCCCAGGUUAUGGUCAGGUUGUAGUUGAAGAUACAAGGCGUGAUGGUCACCAAGGAUCUGGAUCCCCACUCGGUCCUAGAGUGAGGAACUACAGACAAGAGAAUGCGCACUGUCCAGGAAAUAAAGCGUGCUCCCUGGGAUUAAAGGAACUGCGUUUUUUAAAAACGAACUGUGUGGAUUUUAUGGAAAUGGGGAUAAAGUACCAGCACCUUAGUCCUCCUUCACCUGACACUGACUAUAUCCCUCUUCAAGUGGAAUUCCGCGGUGGGGAAAACAAAAAACUAUUAAAGGUGCAAAAUAUAUGGAUUCCAGUAUUCAUAGUGGGUGCAGUUCCUAACACCCCUCCUCGUGCAUCCUUUAUGCCCAUGUUUAUUUUGGAAAUAGAUCAAUUUAUCUUAACCCCACUCACAACAGCUACCAUAGAUGGAGAAGAUGACGAAACACCAAAAGGCAGACUCGUAUUUGAUAUCACCAAGCCACCUCCUGCAGGAUUUAUUACCCAUGUGGAAGAUCACACAAAGGCUGUCACAGCCUUCACCUGGCAAGACUUGCACAAUAUGAAGAUAGCCUACCAACCACCUAAUACCACCCAAGCCGAAAGACAAACCUAUGAGGUUGAAUUUCAAGUGAUUGAUGGCUUUUUUAUGAGCAGCGCACCAAUUAUGGUCCAUUUUUCUAUUCGUACAUCAGAAACAAAUGCCCCUAGAGUGUCUUGGAAUAUGGGACUAACUUUGUUAGAAGGACAGUCUCGUCCAAUAACGUGGGAGAACUUUCAGAUUGUUGACGCUGACAAUAUACAAGCUGUUCGAUUGGUUACUGUGGAUGGUUUAAAUCAUGGACGCCUCACGCUUAAAGAUUUAAAAGCAUUUAUAUUUACAGUAGAGGAUAUAAAAAAUAAAGGUGUUUUCUAUCAUCAUGACGACAGUGACACAACCAAAGACUACAUUGUGUUUAGAAUUUAUGAUGGAAAACAUAGCAUUCGGCAUAAAUUUCCUAUUACCAUCCUACCGAAGGAUGACAGUCCUCCAUUUCUGGUUAAUAACAUCGGUUUUGAACUAGUGGAAGGAGCAGCGGUUCUUAUAGAGAAAGACAUGCUGAUGGCAUCUGAUCUGGAUUCCAGUGAUGAUUACAUUCUUUACAACAUCACCAAGGCGCCAACAGCUGGCGAAUUGGUAAAGAGCUACUCCACCGAAAGCACAGGUAUCCCAGUGUCAAGUUUUCUGCAAAGAGAUCUGUUCCGUGGUCUCAUUUACUAUAACCACUUUGGAGGAGAAGUCUUCCAGGACCUUUUCGAAUUUUACCUAUCAGACAGCCACGACCCACCAAACUAUGCUGAGAAACAGACUGUAAUAAUUAAUAUUACUCCAGUCAAAGAUCAGCUGCCAAAAGAGAGUGAAGGAACCCAGAGGCAUAUAUUUGUGACAGAAACGGAGAUCACCCGACUGACAAAGCACAAUUUGCAUUUCACGGACACAGAGUCACCUGAGAGCCAGAUUAUUUACACUGUGACAAAACCGUGUUUCUCACCGGUAGCUCAACGUCUUCACGAUGCAGGGCGACUUAUUGCCCUGGAUACAUCUAAUGCUUUGGAAAAAGAUCCAUCAAUUCCUGGUCUGACAUCGUUUACCCAGCAUGCUGUGAAUCACCUGAAGGUGGCGUAUAUGCCACCGCUAGGCGAUAUUGGCCCUGAUCCACUAUUCGUCCAGUUUGUAUUUUCCGUUAGUGAUGAACAUGGGGGUCAAGUGUCUGGACUCGUUUUUAAUAUCACGGUAAUGCCGGUGGAUGAAGAAGCACCUCAGAUUUCCACCAGUACUAUAACAACAGAAGAAGGAGCCAGCUGUUUUAUUACUGGAGAUUAUCUGAUAAUUACUGACGAAGACACUAAACCAGAAAACCUGAAAGUUAUUCUGAAGACCCGGCCUCGACAUGGAAAUAUAGAAGUUCGUGGUGUUGCUAUAUCAGAAGGGAAUUUCUUCACUUUGGAGGAGCUCAAGUCAUUUAAAGUCAGGUAUCAGCAUGAUGAUUCCGAAUCAUUUGAAGAUACAUUUGUCUUUACAGUAACAGAUGGACUUAACACUGCAGAUGGAGAGCUAAAAGUGCAGAUUUCUCCUGUGAAUGACAGUCCUCCUGAAUUAAGCACGGGAUUGAAAACUAGCCUGGAAUGUCCGGAGGGAGGACAAAUUGUGAUUACAGCUGAAAACCUGUACGCAGCUGACUCAGACAGUGAGGACUCAAAGCUGACAUAUAUAAUAGCCCGUGUUCCUUUGUAUGGCAUAAUACAAAGAGGAGGUGUUACCGUAGAGAAAUUCACCCAACGUGAUAUAACAGAAGGUUUAAUAUUCUAUAUACAUACAGGAGGCGAGAUAGGCUCCUCUCCUUAUAUAGACGUUGUGACUCUAAUCGUCUCUGAUGGGGAGCCCAGCACGAAGGACACCUGUUGUUCCGAGAGACCCCUCCCUCCGCCCGUGCCUCUACAUGCCAGCCUUCCCGUCUGUGACCUAAAUAUAACAGUCACACCCAUUAAUAAUCAACAGCCCAUCUUAAAUAUUGGUGACGUGUUCAUUGUCUAUGAGGGAUCGUCAUCCGUCAUUUCCCUAAACCAUAUCAGUGCUUCUGAUGCCGACACACUUCCUGAGAACUUGUUUUUCAUUCUGGAAACACAGCCAAUGUAUGGGUAUCUCCAGAACACCAUGUUGAUGCCAGGUUCCGAAAAGAACACACUGGAAAUAAACAUAGAUUCUUUCAGUUUUUGGAACAUCAGCAAUGGGAAUAUCCAGUAUGUUCAGUCUCGUUAUAAAAAGAGGGAGCCUACUGCAGAUUUUUUUAUGGUAUAUGUUAGUGACGGUGUACAGAGAUCUAUGGCCAUGCCUUUCUACAUGAUCAUUAAACCCACGAAUGACGAGAUACCCUAUCUACAUGUCAGAAAUAUCACGAUAAUUGAAGGAAGCAUUUGUGAGAUAGGUCCUGGCACAUUAAACGCAGAAGACUUGGACAUCCCACCGGACACAUUAAACUUUACAAUUAUUACACCGCCUGCUAACGGUCUCUUAUUAAACGGCACAUAUGGCAAAAAUAUCAGCCUUUACAAACAGCUGAGUUCUACGGUUCUUCAUGGGGAACUACAGAUCCACAGUUUUACCUUAAGUGAACUGAAUCAAGGACUGCGACUUGUGUACAUGCAUGAUGACACAGAUACUGUACAGGAUAGCUUCACCGUACAGCUGACAGAUGGCAAACACACAGUUCAAGACACUCUAUAUGUCCACGUAAUGUCUGUCAAUGAUGAAGUUCCACGUCUUAUCAGAAAUGGCGGCUUGGAAUUGGAAGUAGCUGAAAAUAAAGUUAUAUCAAGUGUGGUUUUGGAAGCCGAAGAUAAAGAUUCCUCAAGAAAUUCUAUUUAUUAUAUCAUCAACAAUAUACCAACAUUUGGAGAGCUCAAAUUAAAGGCGGCAUCAGUUUGGGUGACACUUUACCCUGGAAUGAAUUUUACACAGGAAGAUGUUGACAUGAACCGUAUCUGGUAUUUUCAUACCGUUAUCCUUGGGUGCAAAGGACAUGAUAACUUCAGAUUUUACGUAACAGACGGAGGACACAGCUCCCCUCCAGAAAGUUUCUACAUUUCUGUUCUUAACCUAGAAAAAGGUGACAUUGUCCUACUCACCAGACCUGUAACUUUAACACAGGGUGACAGGGUGACCUUGAUGACAGAUGUUCUUAUGGCAACAGAUGGCACUGGAAAACCAGGGAAGCUGCUGUAUGCGGUCUCUGUGCCACCUGUGCACGGUCAGAUUGAGUACAUCAAUUAUCCCGGCGUACCCAUUUCCAGUUACAGCCAGUUGGAUGUGGCAGCCCAGAAGGUUUGCUACGUUCACGACAACAGCCACGAGGCUAGUAAGGACUCAUUCAGUUUCACCGUGAGUAAUGGUCUGAAAGCAAAGGAUGGUUCCAUGGAAUUUAUUAUUGAACAUAAAGAUCAGGUUCCUCCAACCUUACUCAUUAAUAAAGGUAUCCAAAUAUCAGAAGGCGGCACAAUGGUGAUCUCCUCUAACAUUCUACAGCUAAUCGACCCAGAUAGCCCACUUGAAAAACUGAGUUACACCAUCAUCGAAUUCCCUCAACAUGGGCAACUUUACCUGCACGGAGAGAUUAUGCAACAGAACUCAUUCUCCCAGACAGAUGUAAAUAACCUGUACCUGUCUUACAGACAUUAUGGUGGAGUUACACAGCUGGACCGAUUCUCUUUUAUUGCUACGGAUAACACCAACACUGGAUUUUUGGUUGAUGGUCAAAUGAAGAAAGAUGCAGUUGUAUUUCUGAUACAGAUCGAACAUGUGGACAAACUACCUCCAAAAAUAAUUAUCAAAGAUACUCCAACUCAAGUGGAGAACACGAAGGAUGGAAGAGGGUCAAUCGUGAUUACUUCCAGAAAUUUGAAAUCAACAGAUCUCGACAGCGAAGAUGAAAAUCUAAUUUAUGCGCUUCUACGGAUGCCAUAUUUUGGUCAUUUGGAAGAUUCGAAAACAGGUGAUUCUUUAGGAAGUACCUUCACUCAAAAAGAAGUUAACCAGAGACAUAUUCGGUAUAUCAUAAAUCCAUCAUUUGAUGUUAGUUCGGACAGUUUUGAAUUUCGACUCUCAGAUCAAGCAGGGAAUGCACUUCAACCAGAAACGUUGGACCUGAAAUGGUCUGUGAUUGAACUAGCUGAGCCUACUUACCAAGUAUGUGAAGAUGUUGGGACUCUGGCUAUAAAGUUGAUACGGAAGGGCAGCAGUAAGGAUCCAGCGUUCGUUGGCAUUAAUGUCCAAGAAGUAUCUGCAAGAGUUGGAUUGGACUUUACACACAGCAGUGCCAGCCUCGUUCAGUUUGAUCCUGGUGUUUCAACAAAACUCUGGAAUAUUUAUGUUAAAAAUGACGGCUUGGAAGAAAACCAUGAAGUUUUAAAAGUAUUGUUAAAAAAGCCUAAAAACGCUGUACUUGGAAAAAACAAAGAGGCAACUGUAAAUAUUAUGGAUUUAAGAGGAGGUCACUGUGGGUCACCUCACGAUUCCAGAACAAAAGACCUGAUCAUCGUCUCGGAAAUCAUUAGCAAUCCUUCAAGAAAACAAGCAGGCAGCGAAAAUAGGAUGCGAAUUCAAAGCAAAUCAUCUUCAGGAGAGCUCAGUCAAAUAUUGCUCCCUAACAGACCAGUGCAGUCUCGCAGAAGCGAUCUUUCGCGUACAAAAUCCACUAACACCGGCGAUCUCCCUCCCCGGCCUACGGGACAACAGCUGCAACUCAUCGGAAAGAGCGUUCUCUAUCAUGGGAUGAUGCCCAUGAGUGGUCCUCAGAAGAAUGGCAGGAGAAGCAAUGUCUGGCCUGUACCUGAUAAUCCGCUGCCUUUUACAAGUAGAUACGAUCAACCUCAAGGUCAUGCAGCUGCUCUGGAGAUAGCCCCCUCCUUGACAGCUGAAACAGAACAGGCUAAAAUGGCUUCCACAUGCCCACUGGGAUGGACGCUUCACAAUAAGUACUGCUAUUAUCUGAAUCCGCUUCAAAAUGCCACCUGGAAAGCAGCGGAGAGGGCCUGCAAACACCUAUUCAGCAGCCACUUAACAAGUGUGUCUUCAGACACGGAGCUGAGAUGGCUGUGGAAGUUUGCAGAUAAAAAGCCAUUUUGGAUUGGGAUGACAUCCAGAGGAGAUCGACAUGGCUGGAUAUGGAGCAAUGGACAGCGGGUAACAUUCAACAUGUUAAAACCAAUAGAUGCUUCGUCAGAACAAAGUUGUGUCCUUCUUUGGAGAAGGAAAGAAUGGCUGACAAGAGACUGUGACUCUGGUCAAAAAGAGAGAUAUGUCUGUUCUCUUCCGUUAUUGAAAGUCUAUUCUUAAUCCUUCCGUCUGGGUGGAAAUAAAUGGUUUCACCAUUCAACCUUUUAGUGAAAUAAAGACAGGGUUUUGUGUAUACAUUGUUACCUGUCACUGGAGGGCAAUGUCCUUCCAAAAUGCAGAGUUUGCAUUUAAUUCAAUAGUGUCCAGGUUGUUUAAGUAAAGCCAUAAUAAUUAAUGUAUUGUAUUUUUAUAACAAGAAAUGUCAAAUUAUAAAGCACACAUUUUUCAUUUUUAUACAAUUUUAUACAAAUGUGCUGUAAUAAAUGUAGUAACUUCUUGUA